UCAUUUAAUAAAGUGAGAACAUUAAAGAUAUUUCUGGAGAAAAGCAAUUUUAUUAUGCAAAAACAGGCUACAUAUAAGGUUAAUAAAUUAUCAUUAGUUUGCAUAAUGUUAUCACAAAACUACAUUACCAGCGAUCAGUAGCACUGCAUAUUAUGUACAAUCAUUCAAAGUCAUUCUGAUAACGAGUUACGGUACAGUUACAGUACAGUUUAUAAAAUUUUAAGUAUCGUGAAUAACGUGUCAUGUUGAAAUUAACGAAGAAAAAUAUCAUUACUUAUUCCCAGGUGGGACAAUAUAUUACAAAAACAUUUUCUACUGAUAGGAUGUUAUCUACAGGAGAGAAUUAUGUAGAUACCAAGGAAAAGGAUGGAGUGAGGACAAUUAUAUUAAAUCAUCCUGCAUCACGUAACUCCUUAUCACUGGGUAUGUUGAAGUCCAUCGUGUCGAAUAUCAAGAAAGAUGAAGAUAACAAAAAUCUUAGAUCCAUUGUUCUCAGAUCUGUACCAGGAAGUCUAUUUUCGGCUGGACAUAACUUAAAAGAAUUGACUGCUAACAAUGAGAAGCUUCACAAGGAAGUCUUUGAAACAUGCUCUGACAUGAUGCGAGCAAUUAGUCAGAGUCCAGUUCCUGUGAUCGCUGCUGUGGAUGGUAUAGCUGCUGCAGCUGGUUGCCAAUUAGUUGCUGCAUGUGAUAUUUCUAUUUGUACAGAAAGAAGCAUGUUUAGUACACCAGGGGUCAAUCUUGGAAUAUUUUGUUCCACACCAGGCAUUCCCUUGGUUCGAAAUGUACCCAGAAAGACAGCAAUGUAUAUGCUUUUCACAGGUUCUAGCAUUAGUGGAAAAGAAGCGUAUGAAGUGGGUCUUGUGAGUAAAGUAGUGCCAAAUAACAAAUUUGAAGAAGAAAUCAAUAAUAUCACCACAGCUAUAAAUUCAAAAAGUCGGUCAGUCGUGCAUAUUGGAAAAACAUUUUUGUACGAACAAAUGGAUCUCGACAUUUCGACUGCAUAUUUCCUGGGAACUGAGAAAAUGGUCAACAAUUUAAAAAUGAAAGAUGCUCAGGAGGGAAUUAAAAGUUUUAUUGAAAAGAGGAAACCAGUUUGGCGUCAUGACUACGAAAAAGAUUGAUGGAUGUUAUAUAAACGUGUAACUUGCUUUUGUUUAAUGAAAAAGCACAUGCCAUAAUUUCUAUACGAAUUAUUACAAAACAUUUUUAUUCUAUUUUCUAUAUUAAAUAAUUGAUGUCUAUUACAAUUCCUUUCAAUUAUUAAAACCAUUAACUUAUUUCAAACAUUAAUCAUUUUUUUUUAACCGAUGAUUAGUCAUCUAACGGUGAACAGGUUGAACCAUAUUUGCGAUUGUUUAAUCUAAAUUGCUGAGCAAAGCUAUUGAAUUAGAUUAGAAUACCUUGUUACGUCCCAGCUCGUUAAGAUUUUUACUUGGAUUCUUGUCUUGGCUACUGAGCUUUCGAUUACAUAUGCAACAAUAAUAUUAAUAUAAAUAUAAAAGUAAUUCUUUAACAAUACCAGUCGUUAAACUUAGGCUAUCGGGUGUUCUGGUAGGUUGUCUGGUCCCGGGCUCGGCUGUGUUUGUCUAUCACGAAAGCAAAAUGAUUUUUAUAAAUUUUAAUUUCAAAGUAUAUAUGUUUAUGAGAAUUAAAAUAUACUAUCACCGUUAACGAGAUUGAAAACAAUAUUGUAAAAUAGAAUGUAAUAUAGCAAUAGACCCCAUCUUUUAAACGAAUGUAUAACUUUUUAAUUUUGUAAUAAAACCAUCAUAUCUUGUAGUAAAACAUUUUUUUCCUGACAUUUUUUCAAAACCUUCUUGUCAAAAACUGAGUCCUAUGAAUCGCGAUCUAUUUAAUUUAAUCGAGUGAUCGAACAUGAAUAAUUCUAACGCGUAUGUUUUUAUAAAGAGUGAACGAUAGAUUUUAGAAUGGAUGACUUGUGGUUGUUAUAUUUAUCA